AUGUUGCUCUGGCCCCGGCUCCUGAAGCCCCCUCCGUUUCAACAUCGGAUAUGCACCUCUACAAGAAGAUUUGCGGUGCAGGCUCCAGGAGUUCCAACCCUAGAGGUAUUCAAUCGCAGGGCAAAACUACUACAAAAGGAACGUGCGGCAAGAAACGUCAAGCUGAGUCGCAAAGUAGACUAUCUCAAAGAUGAAGUCGCAUUUCGGCUAAGUGAGCGACUACUUGAUAUCAACCGACAUUUCGCGAACGUAUUAGACUUGGGCGCAAACAGCUGCAACAUCGCGAAAGCACUCACACAGCCAAUUCCUCCUCCAGAAAAGGACAAAGGAAGAGAAAAGAGGCAGCAAAAACAGCAGGAAGAGCAGCUGCAUUCAACCAUGCCAUCAUCAUCACCACAUCCCACCAUUGCAAGCCGAAUAUCAAAACUCACAUGUAUCGACGAAUCCCCCGCCCUCCUAUACCGCGAUAAAGACCUCCCAUUCAAUUCCCAACUGGAUAUUACCCGCCAAGUUGUCUCUAGUCUCGAAUCCAUCCCCUUCAAACCCAACACCUUCGACGCAGUCCUCUCAUCCCUCUCGAUCCACUGGAUAAACGAUCUCCCUUCCCUCCUCUCACAAGUAAACCAUAUCCUUAAGCCAGACGCACCAUUCAUCGCUGCAAUGUUUGGUGGUGAUACGCUAUUCGAGCUACGCACAUCGCUGCAGCUAGCGGAUCUUGAACGGCGUGGAGGCGUGAGUCCCCAUGUUUCGCCUUUGGCUGACGUGCGGGAUGUGGGCGGAUUAUUGACCAAGGCUGGCUUUAAGUUGCUUACCGUUGAUAUGGAGGAUAUUGUUGUGGAGUAUCCGGAUACGUUUGCCUUAAUGAUGGAUUUGCAGGCGAUGGGGGAGAGCAAUGCGAUUCUGCGACGGGAGGCUGGCCCGAUAUCAAGGGAUGUUUUGUUUGCUUGUGAUGCUAUAUAUAAGGAACUCCAUGGGGAGAAGGACCGGGAUGGGAUUCCUGCCACGUUCAGGCUGAUUUAUAUGAUUGGGUGGAAGGAAGGGGAGGGACAGAAACAGCCGCCUGCCCGCGAGGUAGUGGAGAGCUGA